CUCAGAUUAUUGGUGAACUGACUGGCACUACAAACACACACACAGGAAAAUGGUGGUAAAAUUAACAUACUUCGCAAUGCCAGGGCUUGGGGAGCCUAUAAGGCUGAUGCUUGCAGUCACCAAGACAGAAUUCGAAGACAUCCGGGUUGGCAAGGAGGAAUGGCAGAAACUAAAGCCAACUCUUAAGUUACCAUAUUUACCAAUGGUGGAAAUGGAUGGAAAAACUCUUUUUCAAUCAAUGGCAGUUUGCCGCCAUAUUGCACGAAAGGCAGGACUAUACGGCUCUUCUGAAGAUGAAGCACUUGAAAUUGAUGUGACUGUGGAUACCUUGGAGGAUAUGAGAAAACACACGGUUUCACAUUAUUACCAGCCUGAUUCUGAAGAGAGAGACCAAGGCAUGAAGAAGUCAGUUGAUGUCACGAUUCCAUUUUUUUUGAAGCUAUUUGAUAAACAGCUGGAGGAAAACAAGGGAUACCUCGUCGCCGGAAAGCUUUCUUGGGCUGACAUCCUAUUUUUGUCUCAUUGUGACUAUUUAUCUAGUCUAUUCCAUGUUGACAUUUUAGCGGAUUUUCCAAAACUGAAAGAGUACCAGCAGAAAAUUGCUGAUUUGCCAGGAAUCAAAGAAUGGCUUGAAAAGCGACCACCAACCCCAGAAGAUUGUAGGAUUUUCUUUUCUUAAUUAUAUAUCAAAUAUAUUUAAAGUAAAUAUUAAUUUUUUUUUAUAUUCAGAGAUAAUAUUUAAAAUGUCAUCAAACCUUAUAUGAAAUAUAUAAGGCCGUGUGGGCCACGUAUUAAUAUUAAUAAACUCUUGUUAAGUUACAAAAUAAAUAAGUUUUUUUAAGCA